CCGAUCGAACAUCAAUCAAUCAAUUUAGUAUACUCGGCAUGAAUCUAUUCGGAUGUCAAUUCUGCGAGACCAUUAACGAUGAAAGGGUAUGCGAUCGUAAGAAUUUCGACAGCCUGCUGUGGGCGCUCGUCACUGUUUUUCAGAUUUUAACCCAGGAGGAUUGGAAUGUCGUUCUAUUCAAUGGCAUGGAAAAGACAAGUCAUUGGGCCGCAUUAUAUUUUGUGGCACUGAUGACAUUCGGCAAUUAUGUGCUAUUUAACUUGUUGGUUGCCAUUUUAGUUGAGGGAUUCAGUUCAGAGCGAAAUGAACGUCGCGAACGUGAGCAACGCGAACUGGUGAAAAAGCUACGCGAAGAGACAUUGGCUGAGAAUUUCAGUGAUGCUAUGUACGAUGAAUCGCGCAGCAGUGAGGCGGAUUCAUCAUCGACUAAUGAAAGUUACUAUGAGGUACGAAAUCGUUGGCAUAGCGCCGAGGAUGUGCGGAAACUACAAGACCCAACUGAACUUAUUAUGGAUACGAAAAGUAAUAUGCAAAAGCAACAACAUCAACGUAUGUUAUUGCAGCCCACACAAGACUAUCAGAUCAAUGAGAGUUAUUUGGGUGGUGUUGGUGUUGGUGGUGGAAGCAGUGGUUCGGGUAGCGGCAGUGGGCGUAAACCUAGCGACAGAGAUGUUGGCAGCAAGCAAUCGAUGGAAGAUGAUAAGAAUAAGAAUUUAAAAAAGACAUAUUCUAUAAGAGAGCGACGCGGUGAUGCGCCACGCCUAUCACGUGUACGCCCAUUGCGUGAACCGCCCAUAAUUACUACGACCGCCGCAACGCCACAAGACUCGCCCAACACCACACUCGAGGGUGGAAUGAGCUUUCGCAGCUGGAAUGCACAAGAUUUGGAAACGUCGGACGGUGGGGGCGGCAGUCAGUGCCCUGGUUCGCCGUCACUACUCAGACCACCGACCAUCUUCACCGGCCAGCGUUCACUCGACGAGGGCAUUCCGUCGAUUGAUCUCAUACCACCAUCACCGGUACUUACGCACAAACCAUUGAACAUACUGAAUGCCAGCCAACUACAAGGAAGCAAUACUAACCUAAGCAGUUGUAAUUUAGUACCUAACAGUAGUAGUUUACUCCCUAGUGCCCUAAGUAGCAAUAGUAGUGUGCAUAGUGUUGUCAUAGAUGAUAUCUCGAAGAAUGCCGAUGCCAGCGCCUCUGGACCGAUCUUUGUGCCAACAACGAUCUCGGCAGUAUCCGCGCCCAGCACGCCACUACCAACUGGCACAGGCAAUGCUGGUCUUAGUGGUGUUGGUGUUAGUGGUUCUGGCGGAGGGAGCGCAGUGAGCAGCAUCGAGUUAUCGCCCUUAACCGCCGCCGCCAUUGCCGUUACCACUGGUGCUAUGUCGCACACGCCCACAGCGACCACCGCAUCGGAAGCAGCAGCAACGUCAGCAGUCCCACCUUCAUCCUCGUCACCAGCCAGCAGCAAUGAAGCGCCGCCCACACUGCCGUCAACAACCGCCCCAGCGACAUCAACAAUCAGCCCUUCGCUGCCCGGCAUGCAGCGCAUACCCAGCCUGAAACGUUUUCGACGCAACAGCUCGAAGCGUUCGAAAAAGAAGCCCGCCGAUGCCGGUAGUGGCGCCGAAGAUGACGAACAGCAGCAGCUAAACAAUGGCAGUGACAAUUCUUGUCUGCUCGCGCCGCACAGUAAUGGCGGCUCUGUGCGCUCCGAUUCCUUUUUGAGUCCGGCGCGCACGCCCACAUCUGGCGUUGCGACGCCACUAACAGCCAACAAUCAGACUAAUAAUCAACAAAAGACGAAAGACACAAAUCGAUUGAGUCCGCAAAAUUCUAUACGUCGUCUUUCCACCACACUCAGUAUUGGCAGCAUACCGCCGUUGGGUAGCCGUCGUGCCUCAGCUUGCAUCUUCAACUCGCAGCUCUAUCAAAAUCUCAAUCAGCCGCCCAAACUAUAUGCGCCCUCAGCUACUCAACGGCGCAUGUCUUCAUUCGAAUUGGCCUUUAGCAAAAGUUCACAGCUAAAUUUGCACAAUUUGGAGGCGAAUCGCAAAUCAAUGUCGUACACGAAUUCCAAACUCGAUUUGGACAAGUGGCAACGAUCAUACACGAAUUUAGAAGAGCCCGAUAUGUUGCAACAAUAUAUACAGGAGCGUGAGAAGCGAAAAAGUUCCAUAAGUCAAUAUGCGCGACAGCAGAAUUUGCAACAAAAGCAGCAGAGCUAGAAACACAGCAAGAAACGCGUA